UCCUCGUCACAGCGCAGUCGGCUUCCCCGCUGACGGAAGGAGUCAGUAGAAAGGAGUGACUGUCAGUCAGAGGUUGUUUCUUACUUCAAAGAACGCAGCAAGUCGUAAUAAAAAACACCUUCCGCCGAGCGAACAAGGUGGGGGAAGAGAUGCGGGCAGCGACAGAAUGGCUGCCGGGGGACGAAUGAACGGAGCGGCUGCCGAGGACUGGGCGCUGUAGCAUAGCUAGCUAAUGGGGAGCCGAGAGCUGGACUUCACGCCGACCUGAGUUCAGUUGGGGAAACUCGGAGCAGCAACACAUUGCAGCAAGCUGGUUUUUCAGUAAGGAGCACAUGGCCUUUAUUCUGCUGACAGACAUGGACCCUCUUUCUUCCAACCCGACAACACUUGAUGGCUUAUCCACUGACCCUGACCCCAAGCAGGAAGUAAAGGCAGUUACUUUAACUCUUCACCUUUACCACCUGGGAAAGACUGAAGGAAGGGGCAGCUGCUCAGACGACACCCUCACAUUUCCAUCGGGAGAGUAUGUCGCAGAGGAACUGUGCAUCACUGCUGCCAAAGCUUGUGGAAUUAGCCCAGUGUACUGCAGCUUGUUUUGCCUGAUGAGGGAAAAUGACCGAAUAUAUUUUCCUCCUAAUCACAUCUUCAAACUGCACAACUCAGGUAGUGAAAACCUGCACUUCAGAAUCAGAUACUAUUUUCCAGGCUGGUAUAACAGCAGUAACUCCUUCUACGCCCAUCGUUAUGGCUUGUCCAAAGAGAUGGAAAGCCCAGUAAUGGAUGACAGUGUCAUGGCCUACCUGUUUGCUCAGUGGCGCAGUGACUUUUUAAAUGGCUGGGUUCAUAUUCCGGUCAGCCAUGAAGCUCAGGAGGAGUGCCUGGGUAUGGCUGUUCUCGACAUGAUGAGGCUCGCUAAAGAGAGCGAUCUGUCACCGGUGGAUAUCUACAAUGAUACCAGCUACAAGUCCUUCCUCCCCAGAUGCAUGAGGAAACGCAUCCAAGAGUACAACCUGUUGACCCGGAAGAGGAUCCGCUACCGUUUCCGACGGUUCAUCCAGCAGUUCAGUGAGUGCAAAGCCACUGUAUGCAACCUGAAGCUCAAAUACCUAAUGAACCUGGAGAUGCUGCUGCCCUCUAUGUACUCUGAGCGCUUCCAUGUGACUGACCUGUCCUCACGAGAGGUUACCAUCGUGGUGAUGGGCAACAAGGGCAUCCUUUGGUCUAAAGGAAAAGGAGAGGAGGGAGCAGAGGAGGAGCUGGAGAUAUAUUGUGAUUUCCCAGAGGUGAUCGACAUCAGCAUCAAACAGGGCAGCAAGGAAGGCUCAGCAGAAAGUCGCAUUGUUUCCCUCACCAGACAGGACAAUCAGAUCUUGGAGCUGGAGUUCCAGUUGCUCUCUGAGGCCCUGUCUUUUGUUUCUUUGGUUGAUGGAUAUUACCGACUAGUCGCCGACGCCCAUCACUACUUGUGUAAAGAAGUUGCCCCACCAAGACUUCUCGAGUGCAUUCAGAGUUACUGCCAUGGCCCUGUAUCGAUGGAGUUUACAAUUAGUAAGCUGCGUCGUUUGGGUAACUAUCAAGGCCUCUACAUCCUACGCUGCAGCCCCCGAGAGUAUGACAAAUUCUUCAUGUCCUUUGUUGUUGGGUAUGAAACCAUGGUGGAUUAUAAGCACUGUCAGAUUGUGAAGACGGAGUCUGGAGAGUUCAUCCUGAGCGGUGCCAAAAGAAGCUUUGGUUCUCUGAAAGAACUCAUGCAUUGCUACCAAAAGGAGGCGCUCCGCACUGAUGGGUACACUUUCCAGCUCAUCAGGUGCUGUCCACCCAGCCAGAAAGACAAAUCCAACCUGCUGGUUUGCAGAAAUAACCAAAGUACAGACGUCCCUCCGUCUCCAUCACUUCACAAACACAUCAGCCAGAUGGUUUUCCACAAAAUCCGCAAAGAAGACCUUAUCUUUAAUGAAAGUCUGGGCCAAGGAACGUUUACAAAGCUCUUUCGUGGUGUGAGGAAGGAACUGGGCGAUUACGGGGAGGUUCACCAGAUGGACAUGGCGGUCAAGAUUCUAGACAAGGCUCAUCGUAGUUUUUCAGAGUCCUUCUUUGAGGCCGCCAGCAUGAUGAGCCAGCUGUCCCACAAGCACUUACUCCUCAUUUAUGGUGUGUGUGUUUGCGGCGACGAAAACAUGAUGGUGCAGGAAUAUGGAAAGUUUGGCUCUCUGGAUAUUUAUCUGAAAAAGAAGAAAAACUGUGUCAACAUCACCUGGAAGCUAGAAGUGGCUAAACAGUUAGCCUGGGCUAUGCAUUACCUGGAGGAUAAAAGCAUAGUUCAUGGGAAUGUUUGUGCCAAAAACAUCCUGCUAAUCAGAGAGGAGGACCGGAAGACGGGCAGCCUCCCUUUCAUCAAGCUCAGUGAUCCUGGUAUCAGCAUCACCGUUCUGCCCAGAGAAGUUCUGGUGGAGCGUAUCCCCUGGGUGCCACCUGAGUGCAUCGAAAACCCCCAGAAUCUGAGCUUAGCAACAGACAAAUGGGGCUUCGGGACGACGCUUUGGGAGAUCUGCAGCGGGGGAGAAAAACCACUCAACACCCUGGACUCCUCAAAGAAGAACUUGUUCUAUGAGGACAGACACCAGUUGCCAGCUCCAAAGUGGACUGAGUUGGCCAACCUGAUAAACAGCUGCAUGGACUAUGAGCCUUUAUACCGACCCUCCUUCAGGAUAAUCAUCAGAGACCUCAACAGUCUUUUUACUCCAGAUUAUGAAUUGCUGGUGGAGAGCGACAUGGUUCCCAACAGAACCCGAGGGUUUGGCUUCCCGUGGGCCUCAGUGAGCCAGGAGCCAGCGCAGUUUGAGGAGAGACACUUGAUCUUCCUCAAGCAGCUGGGCAAAGGCAACUUUGGCAGCGUUGAGAUGUGCCGGUACGACCCGCUGCAGGACAGCACCGGGGAGGUGGUGGCUGUGAAGAAGCUGCAGCACAGUACAGCUGAGCACCUUCGGGACUUUGAGCGGGAAAUUGAAAUCCUCAAAUCGCUUCACCAUGAGAACAUUGUCAAAUACAAAGGCGUGUGCUACAGUGCAGGUAGAAGAAACCUUCGUCUCAUCAUGGAGUACCUCCCCUUUGGCAGCUUGAGAGAUUAUCUCAUCAAACACAAGGACCACAUCGAUUCCAUGAAACUGCUGCACUACGCAUCGCAGAUAUGCAAGGGCAUGGACUAUCUUGGUGGUAAACGGUACAUUCACAGAGACCUGGCCACCAGGAACAUUCUGGUGGAGAGCGACAUGAGGGUGAAGAUCGGCGAUUUUGGCCUAACCAAAGUGCUGCCGCAGGACAAGGAGUACUACACUGUCAGGGAGCCUGGGGAGAGCCCCAUCUUCUGGUAUGCUCCUGAGUCGCUGACAGAGAGCAAGUUCUCCGUAGCUUCUGACGUUUGGAGCUUCGGCGUCGUUCUAUAUGAGCUCUUUACCUACAGUGACAAGAACUGCAGUCCCCCAGCGGUUUUCAUGGAGAAAAUGGGAAAUGAAAAGCAGGGCCAGAUGAUCGUCUACCAUUUGAUCGACCUGCUGAAACAAGGAUACAGACUCCCUGCUCCUGAAAACUGCCUGAAGGAGAUUCACAAGAUCAUGACGGAGUGCUGGAGCAGUGACCCGAAACUGCGGCCCACAUUCAAAGUCCUAAUCCAGCGGGUGGAGACUGUGCGAGAGAGCAAGGACGGAUGAGAUGAACGCAGCGAAUUCCUGAACUGUUGACCUGCUGGUGUUGACGUGCGCUAGUCAGUCGUCACACAACGACUAGAGUUACCAAUGGAGUUUAGGUGGUGGCUGUAUUCACACUCGUGGCAGCUCGACCGCUUCAUGAAGAAAAGACUGAAAUACCGAGUACACUACAGCUAAUUAGAAGAUUUUCUCUGUUGUUUUCUAAUACAAUUCUACGUUUUUUUUUGUUUUUGUUUGUUUGUUUGUUUUUUGUAUUUACAAUCCAAACUGCAUUCCGAACAGACUUUCAGCCAUGUGGCUGCGCUUGAAAUCACGACGAAACCAAGAGGUUCCAGUUCUUCACCAGAGGUGGUGCUAGAGUCACGCUUUCAGUGGUUCUGCCUUGCUUUUCCACCACUGUCAUUGCAUCAUUCUAAACAUAUUUAAUUAUUGUUUGGACCCCCCCAUACUCUGAGAAUGGAGUCAAUUCAACCAAACAAAUAGGAUUUAUCCAUGUAUUACUGCACACAGUAAUACAUGGAUACUGGUAACCAACUUGAUUUAUUAACACUUCUAAAAAACUGGGCUUUUGGAUACAUGAUCUAACACAGCUUUUAAAGAAAGAUUUAUUAACACCACUUGUGUUGAAGAACUGAUUCAGAAAGGAGAAUAAUCAGCCCUGACCACAGCCACAAACCGGCUUACUUAAACUCUGAGAUAGAUCAUUUCAAAAUAAACUGCGAAAAGAGACGGUCAUCCCCUGAUGUCCUUAUGCCAAUCUGACAAAUUGCUAUUGUUGAAGCACAGAUUUUACAUUUUUAAUAAAACCUGAAACUAAAUUCUGGAGUUUUAAACGUGGCCCUUAUUAAAAGAAGUUCUUUCCUUUGGUCCGACUGCGACCUGGAUUAGCAUGGGAUUCCGAGCCCGGCUGAGAUUUUGUCUUGGUGAAGCUCUGGGAACAGUUUGGUGGAAAAGGUUCAACGGAGACCCAGAGAUUUGUUUGGACCUUCUCUGUUACAUAGAUAAUGCGACUUGCAAAAGUUUUUACACCCUGAGAAGUUUAACAAACGUGUGAACGCUUCACCAACAGCUGCAUUAAUACAGUUUAAAUGAUUCACAGGCGGAUUGAAUUAGCAAUGAAGUGAGUUCUAAAAUUUAGUUUAACAACCAGAGAUGUUAAACUAAAUGCUUUGCGGAGCCUGCAUUGUGUGAGCGAUCAUCAAGUUACACUGUAAUGCCUCUGGAGGUCUUUAUUUUAAUUUACUUCUUUUUAUUGCUUUUUUUAAAUGCAUCACACAUUCUGAAUGAUACAAGGCUUCAUUAUCAGCCUAUGGGAAAGCUUCAAAAUAAGUGGAUGCCUAUAUUUUGUGCCAGCUAUCAGUUUAUUUAAAGAGUUUUGUGAUUUCUGGUCAGUUUGCAUUACAUUACCGACCAUAAAUGAGUGGUAAGAAGGGCUGCUUUGUAUUUUUUUUUUUAAUUCAUGUCACUAUUUAGGGAAUACUUAAAGGGGACCUAUUAUGCAAAGUUCACUUUUUACAUGCUUUUGUACUUCAGUAUGAGUCUCAGCUGCUUUUAAACAGUUCAAAUGAUUUAAAGCAAAAAACAGCCAGAAAAGACUAUUUUUUUGGAAAUAAGUUCAUAUUUUUUGGUUUCAGGGAAACGAGCCAUUUCAUGAACCUCCCAAUUAUUCAGUUGCAGUCGUACCUUAACUUGUUCAAGAAAACAUAAUAGGUCUCCUUUAGACUAAGAAUAAUGGAUAUUUAUGACUGAAGGCUUUAAAGAAAAUAUGCAGUUUGUGAAAUACUUUCUAAUGUUCAACUUUUUCUGCCAUAAACGACAGAUCCUUGUUCAUAUUGUUUUUAUUUAAUUCAGUGCCUUUACUUUGUUAAAAAUGUUAUAUCACAAACUGCAAAAAUUCAUCAAUUGUAAAAUUGGAACUGAAAAGAACAAAUUCAAUAUUUUGUGGUGGAUUAUGCUUACUUUGUUUAAAGCUGUGAAAAAGGGCAUCUUUGUUUCAGUUGUGCAACUUUUACUAAUGAUGAAUUUGUGUUGUUUAUGGUCAAAUAUGUUAAUUUGUAAAGUGUGAGUUUAUUUCAUGACCAAAGAUUUUUCUGAAAAGAAACAUUUAUACUGCUCGACUGUUUUCCACAUUUAUUUUGGAGUUGGAUUGAGUUUUGACUGUGAAUGUAAACGAUCACAAAUGUUUGGUGUAAAGACAAAAAAACGUGUUUACUCAUUUAAUUCACAAAGAUUCAUUGAUUUGGAUCAUAAAGUUAGGAGAUGGUAUUUUUUUCUGAAGUCUGGAUGUUUGUUUUCGAUGGCAAAUAAAAUGCAGAUCUUUACCUUUUUGUUGUCCAAGAUACAAAUAAAAGUGAUACUUCAAUAUGUCAAUAAAAAGUCACUGUCGUUUCAGCAUGA